GUAGUGCAUACGUCUGAUUUCAGUCUUGUAAACAUUGUGUUGUGAUUUAAGGAAAUAAUUGUUUUACCGUGUGAAUUACAUUAAUUUGUAUGAUUUACCAAAAGUAUUUGAUUAAUGGAGAUUUUCUGUAAUAAAAGAAUUUUUCUAAAGCUUGAAUAAUAUGUGAUUAUCACUUAAAUCUACACAGUAUGGACACAGCAGUCCUGGUUGGACAGUUUAUGGAUUCUUAAAUAAUUGUAAUGAAUUUGAUGCUUUACAAUGGAACAAGUAGAUGAAGCACAGAUUGUUUCUAUUCAAAUACAACCAACAUUAACAGUAGAUUUAUCCUCUUUGUCAGAGAUAGAACCAAAUAAUGACCAUGUAACAAAUGUGGUAAACAUUUCUGACUCUCAGGGAAGUAGUAGAAAUGAUUGUACAGACAAUGCAGUUAAAACUGUUUUGUCAGUAAAUGAAUGUGAUACAAAUAAUUCAACCGAGAAAAUUGAAGUUGAGAAUCCAAAAGUAGAGAAGGUUACUGUUGAUUUAAUUAGUGGGUUGGUUCAAGAGACAGUUGAUAAUAAUAUGCAAGAAGCAAGUAACAAUGACAUAGAAGAGGUCAUUAACAAUAAUACACAGGAAACAAUUAGUAGCAAUGCAGAAGAGAGAGUUAAUAACAAUACACAAGACACAAUUAAUAAUGACACGAAAGAGACAUUUAAUAAUGAUACACAAAUGACUACUAUUAAUCGUACCCAAACUGAUGCUGAUCAAGGUAUAAAGAAUGAUGUGGUAAAAGAUGCAAACAAUACAGUAGAAUUAAUUGAAAUUAAAGAUGACAUAAUAUGCCUAGAAGAGGUAUCUUCGAAUGAAGGAUGUACAAAGCUUUCAAAUAAUGUUGCAAUGCUGAGCACAGAUAGUGGUAAAGAUGAGCAAUCUUUUGAAAAAGAUAUUUGUACAGUAAAAGACACAGACACAUCCAAUGAUACUAAUGCUCAGUGUCAAGCGUUAAUUCAAUCGCUUAGCCAGACUUUUGACAGUAAGGAUCAAUCCUUGCACGUUGCAGAUACAGACACAGAUUUAAAUAAAUUGGUUGAUGGUGAUUCAGAAGUUAUGGUAGUAACAGUAGAAACUGUACCUAUUAAUGAUUCAAAUGAAACCACAGAACAAAAUAUUAUUGUGACUGUACAUGAAAAGGAUAUUGUGGUAAAUUCCAAUGAAAAUGAGUUUCCAAUGAAAGGGAAGGCAACUGAAAAAACUGAAAUUGAAAAUGAAAAAUAUAACUUGAUAGAUUACAGCCAAGGAAGCGAUGGAACUAUAAUAGAAGUAAUUUCAACAGAAGUUGUUGAUUCAGAUGUUUCUAAAAUGUGUACUCGACGAAACAACAAUGAAAUCUUCAAACACGCCACUUCUAAAAUAGAUUCUGUAACUUCAACCACUACAGAAGUUACUGAUAACAUAACAGUCAAUGAAGACAAAAUGCAAACGAAAUAUAAUGUUAACGAGGAAAAUAAUAUAAAACAGGUAAAGACUGAAACUUGUGAUAGUUCAGAUAAGAAUAACAUGAAAAAACAGCUUGUUCAUAGUAAAAUUAUCCCCUCUUCUAAGCAUAUAAACGUUCAGAGAGAAGGAAAUGUAUCUGUAAAUGAAGUGAAUAAAGUGAGCGCAACAGUUAAUAAAAGAAGCGUACUCCAAGAUAUUUUUGAUGAUUGGGGUGAUGAAAAUGCAGAGGAUGAAAGUCAGUCUGUAUCCAAAGUACAAGACACAGUGGAAAUUGAAUUAAAAUGCUUAUUAGAUGAUAUAAAGACAACUGAAAUGGUAGAAGAAGACACACCAGUAUUGAUUAAAGAAGAUGUGUUAGAUGUAAAAGAAGAGGUUAUAACAAAUACUGAAGAAGUUGCCAAUGUAAAUAAAGAAAUGCAAAUAUCAAAAGAACAGACAGAUAAUAAUCAAAGUACAGAAAAGCAAGAAAUUUCUAUCACGACAUUGACUAAAGACCAAAUAAAUUUGUUAGUAUCGCACAAUUUUGAGAAAUUAGUUAACAGUACAGCGCACGAAGGAAACGUAUUAAAUCAAACAUCGUCACAGGCAAACGUAUUAAAUCAAACGUCAUCGCAGGCAAACAUAUUAAGUCAAAUAUCGCCGCAGGCAAAACUGCCGCCUAUUGUCAUUCGUGGUCGUAAUUUGACUGGCCAAAUAGCAUCGCCAGAUGAAGUGAAAGAAGCAUUAAAGGAACGACUUCGUGAGAAACAAAAAAUUGUAGAAGCGCCGCCUGGACCUGAUAUAUUUUUUGUUAAAAAACUAACUCAAAGAUUAUCGAAUAAAUUAGCGGGUGGCCCAAUAACUUCUUUACCAGCACUUAUACCAUUGCCUCAGCCUACAACUCAAUCUUUCGCUCAGUCUGAUAAAAAAUCAACUGACAAUGUAAAUACAGAAACGAAUAAAGAAAGUAGCUCUGACAAUAAAGAAUUAUUAGCAAUAUUAGAAGGUGAUGUUGAUCCUGAUUGGUCAAAUUUAAAACCACCGACUUUAACGGAGGAAAGUAAGGAUCCGCUAAGCAUUGACGAACAUAGUACACCGCCAAAACUCGAUCCUUUAAUUGAACGAGAAUUGGCGUUAAAACAACUUCUGGAGUUACCUGUUUCAUCGGUUAAAAAAAAUGUUGUAAGGAAGAAGAAAACAUUUAAACCUGCACCAGGUAAAGCUUCUAAAGACGUAGAGACAACAUCUGCGUCCGAAGUAGAAAAGAAAAUUGUUAAUAUCGACUUAAUAGACGAUUCUACAGAGUCGACUGUAAAAGAUACAAGACCUUCCAACUAUGAACCGUUCUCCGUGGUUAUUGAGCAGCACACUCCAGAAAAGAAUACAGAAUUAAAUACAAAAGAUGUACGAUUGGAUGAAUCAAGAUCAGGUAGAAAACGAAAGCUUACAGAAAAAGCUAGGGAACACGAACAACUGCAGAGUAUCGUAAAACGUCAGAAAGUGUACAAAAGUAAAGUUCCAUUAAAUAAGAAACAGAAUCCAACAGAUGGGGUGCAAACUAUGUCCGACACUAGCCAAACCAUUGAGAAUCAUGUGUUUAAAGAGAAUACUUCGCCUGCUAGUACUACAAUUAGCGAGGCUGAUGCUACAAUAAAAAAAGAAGAAACAGACAAACAGCCCACGGAUGAAACAGACAUAACAUUGGAUGAAAAACCUGAGAAUACAUCUUUAAAACGGUCGAAACAGAGUCUUAGUAAAAAAGGAGCACAAUCGAUCCCUAAAAAGAACAUCGUAGUGAAAAAGAUAUUAAAACAAAAUUUAUCUUCGAAUAAGAAAGAUGUAGCCUUGAAAGCAAAAUUGAAUACAUCGUCGAAAAAAUCUGGAUCGAAAAUGUCUUCGAAAUCGAAACGAUCGGCGGAAAGUAAUUCCGGUGAUCCGAAACCAAAGAAGAAAAUCAUAAAUGAAAUAGACAGACUGCUUCAAGACGAAGGCGUUGUAAAUUUAUUAUAUGAUGUGGAACAACCAGAUAAGAAACGAUUGAUCCCUAUCACCAAGUCCCAAGCAAAAGUUAUGGACAUACAGAAAGUUCAACGCGAACUCAAUUUUAGAAAAAAGUUAGUACGAAACGCGGUUCUAAGAUUGCGUACUGCAACAGUAGGCGUGUCAAAAGUUUCUCCAAGGUCUAAAAGAACUGCCAUACAUUUAAGUGACAUUCAAAUGGAUAAGAAAAUUGGGGAACAAAUUACGCCGGCGAAGUCAAAUGUAACACCUGAACCAGAAUUUAUUUUACCUGCGAAAAUAAGGAAUGCAGCGGAUGCAUCUAUUAUAAUCAGGAGACACUCGUCCAGCUCAUUUUCCAGUGCAUCCGGAAGUCCCAGAGUUAGCGUUGACAGUCUAGAGAAAGCUGAUGUUAUUAAAACCGAAGAGGGAGGUUCUCAUUCAUUGAGAUCUAUGAAGAGGAGACCUUCGCAAGAUGAAGGGACUCAUAUAAAAAAAAAUAAAAAGAAAGUUAUACAAAAAGUUAAUACGGAAAUUGAUGUGGUUGGUAAUGUCGUUGAUGAUAAAGCGGUUCGUCUCAAUAAGAAAUCAGAUUCAAAGAAGGCUGAUAAAAAUUCCAAGCAAGUAGAUACUACUGUAAUAGACGAAACCGGUAGUAAUUCAGGUAAAGUUAUUACACGGUCAAAUGGUACAACUACUGGUAAGGUGACAUCAAAAACCAAAAAAACUGCAAAGAGUAAAGUUACAUUUGCUAAAGCGUACGAACCAGAUAAUAAUGAAGAAUCUUCUAAAGGAGAAGAUGAACUUUCAGCCUGCCUUGCUGAAGCUGCAAAUGCUCUUUCAGUAGUUAGUGGUGGAAAUCGGUCUGGAAAUACAACGGCAAAUCGUAAAAAUAAAGCAAAUACGAAUAUCUCCAAAGUAUUAGAAUUGGAUAAUAAUAAAAUAAAAACGGAAACGCGAAGGCAAUUCAGUAACAAAGAAAUAAGCGUACGACGACACGGCAGACUUGUACAAUUAAUACUCACUCCGUCAUCUUCGACGAAAAUAAGAAACGCUCUCACGUUACAGAUGAUGCAAGAAUUCCGUGAAACAUUAUCGAUUCUGAAGAAAGACGACGAUUGUAAAGUUGUUCUAUUAACAUCAACUGGUAGUAGUUUUUGCGAAGGUCUUGAACUAUCAAUGUUGUUGCACACAAAUAAAGACGAACGACGAGUUCGGGCCGAAGAAAUUGCAGACGCUGUUAAAGACUUUAUUCAAAGCCUGGCAUCGUUCAAUAAACCUAUCGUUGCUGGAGUUCAAGGCGCUGCAGUUGGUCUUGGAGUAACAAUGUUACCUUUAUUUGAUCUUGUAAUAGCUAGUGAUAAAGCAACAUUUAGCACCCCUUAUGGAAAACUUGGGCAAAUUGCCGAAGGUGCUUCUAUUUUCACUUUAUCACACAUAUUAGGAACUGCAAUUGCAAGUGAGUUACUAUUGGGUGGGAGAACUUUAACAGCUAGUGAGGCAUUAAGAGCUGGUCUCGUUACACGAGUUCUGUGGCCUGAUAGAUUUCAAGUUGAAUUAUUACCAACUUUAAAAGCUAUGAGCGAACAAUCUUCACAGUCUAUGGAAGCUACAAAAGCUUUGCUGCGUCAGAGUUUACGAACAAAAUUGGACGCGGCAUUGGAAUCGGAGACGUAUUUGCUGAUCCAACAUUGGUGUUCCGCAGAAUGUCAAACUGCCAUAAAGGCUUAUAUAGAUGGAAAAGUCCAGUGAGCGUUAAAAUGAUACCCAACGAUUUCAAUGGAAAUACUAGCAACAUAUUCCAAGACUACAACUAAUAUUGUAAAAUUGGGUACGAGGAAUAGUAACAGGAUAAUUAAUUUUGGAGACAUUAAAGUGAGAAAAGAAGUCGUGGCUCUGGUGUGUUAUUUUGCAUCAAUGCACGAUUAUUUUUAAGAUAAGACGUAAAAUUAUUGAAUCAUUCAAUCAGAUCGACUAUUUUAAUAUUAGACCAUUUACAUAUACUAGAUAUGCACACAUAUACUUUCUGCGGUAUGUUAUUAUUGUUAGUAUAAACUAAAGAAACGAUCAUCGUAAGCAUUGUGGUAGAUUUGUGUUCUUUGCAUGUACAUCAGUUGAUCAAUUUUGAACAGAAUACGAUCUCAACUUGUACAUUUGAAGUUGAUGUAUGAUUCUUUUAUACUCGAGUAUCUACUGCUGUGCCUUGGUCGAUUUGUAAAAGGAUAGAGGAAAAUAUUUGUAAUUUACGCUCGGAAGAGGAAAGUAUAAGUAUACUUCGUUGUUACAAAUGUUGAAACAUGCUAAAUUACUUUUGAGUGUAGUUUGAUUUGUUAAAAAUUGUACGUUUGUAAUUUCGUUAAAAAGAGUUAAAUUAUAUCGAUUAUGUACGAUAUUGCAUAUAUCGAUAUAUGCAUAACCAUGUUACGUAUGUAUAGAAUUUUGUUUUUACCGAUGCAUUUACAUUGGAUAUAUUUUAUGUUGAAAAUAAUUAUUAUACAAUGCAGACGAUGUACUUCA